AUGGACCAGAUAGUAUCGGAGUUCCUCGCCAAGAGCCUACACAUCAUCCUCGACUCGCGGAUGCCGUGCGCUGCUCAUGCACCCGCAGCACCCGCAGCGGCAGGCGUUGGCGCAGGCGCAGGCGGAGGCGCAGGCGGAACCGCAGCCGCAGGCGCGCAGCAGCAUCUCGACUCAGCCUUUGGCCUCUCCGGUCCUUCGCCCCUUCCCUCCCCUUCUCCGCGCCACGCUGGGUUUGGCGCUGCUGCUGAUAUAGCAACCGGGGGGGGUGGGGGUGGGACUGGGAGUCUCACGAGCAGCGGAAGCAGCAGCAGCAGCAGCAGCCAUCGCGCGGCCUCCGCUUCCCCCUCCCCCGCCUCUUCCUCGUCUUUCUCCUCCGCGCCCUUCCCGUCGUCGUUCUCCCCGUCCUCCCCGUCUCCGGGGGUAGCCGCCGCCGCCGCCGCCAUCGCCGCCGGCGUAGCAGCAACUCCCGCGCCACUUUCCGCGCCGUCGAUUUCCGACCGCUGGUUCAAUCUUGAGCUGCAGCAGGGAGCGGCUGUGAUGGAGGCAGUGGAUGGGUGGCGCCGUUUCCCGGUAGAGCCGUUAGUGAUCGACAUACUACUUGACAGACCCACCUCCUUCUCUUCCCACUCCUUUCGCGCCCCAUCCUCGUCCCAUCCUCACUCCCACUCUCACGCGCACUCGCCCGCUCCCCCUUCCGCUCCCGCGUAUGGGCCAACCGGAGCAGCCGCAGGAGGUGGCGGGGGAGGCUUGAGCGGGGAGGUAGCGCUGGCAGGCGCGGGAGCGGGCCCCGCGUCCCGCAGUAGGAGCCUGCGCCAGCACGCGCCUUCCCCGGAAGCGUUCAUAAGGCUGUCCGCCCCAGGGGUUGCGUCCGGCUCAGGCGCCAGCGUCGCUGCUGCCUCUGCUGCUGCUGCUGCUGACGCUGCCGCUGCAGCGUUUGCUUCUCUCGGGACCGGUUCUGGUGUGGGAUCGCCGUUCGGUGGUUCCGGCUCUGGGAUGGAAGCUGCGGGGCUGGGCGAGUCUGGAGCAGGGCGACGGGACUCGGCGGGUGCUCCCGGUGCUGCUGCUGGUAGCGGUGGUGGUGGUAGUGGGGGGGGGGUGAGUAGUGGUGGCAGUGGGCCGCUGUUGUUGGAGCGGUGGGUGGUGCGGUACGAGAGAAGGCGAGGCGGAGGCGGUGGUGUGGAGUUGGGUGAUGGCGCUGCUGGCGCUGGUGGGGGAGUGGGAGGGGCAGGAAGCGGCGGGGUUGGCGGAGGCGCAGGCGGAGGGGGAGGCGGAGGGGGAGGCGGAGCGGUGGAUAUACCAGUGGUGUACAAGCACAUGGUCGUUAUGCUUCGCUCCCUCUACUCCCUCACUCGCACUCUCCCCGCAUAUCGCCUCUACUGCUCCCUGGCUGACGCUGCUCUCUCCUCUUCUGCUGCUUCCUGCUCCUCCUCUUCCUCCUCCUCCUCCGCCGCCGCCGCCGCUGGCGCUGGCGCCGCCGCUUCCUUCUCCCCCGCGCCUAUCCUGACCUCCGGCUCCGCACUCCGCCCCACGUUCGCGCUCGCCUUCCGCAUCUCCCCCAACCCCGCCGCCGCGCUCGCGGACGCAGCUGCCGCGUCGUCCGCCGUCGGAUCAGGCGCAUCCCAAUCCGGAAUGAACUCGUGGGCGCUGAAACCGUUAGAUCUCCCCGGCGGGCGCAUGUCUGUCUUUGUGGUGUAUAGACCCGGGGCUGCUGCGGCAGCGUCGGUGGUAUCUGCUGUAGAGGUAGCACCUCCUGUGAUCACGCGAGUGAUCACAGACUACGUGGGUACGGGCGGGUCUGUAGCAGAACCGCCGCACCACCGUCGCCCCAUCCGGCACUACCAGGCUCCCCCCGCGUCCCUCCCCCUCUCCUCCUCGCUCUCCUCCUCCGCGUCUUCCUGGUCCCCGUUCUCGCGAAGAGCGUAUGGUCUGCUCGCGGGGCUGCCCUUGCUUGUUUCCCCCUCCCCGUCCCCCUCGUCCUCCCCCUCGUCCCUCCCGUCGUCUUCCGCCGCGCAGUUCUCGUCUCUGUCGUCCCCCUCCGCCGCCGCGGCCGCGGGGCGCGCGCUGGUGAUGUUCGCGCGCAGGCACAGUUUCGGGGGGAUGGAGGAGAGGCGCGGAUCCGCCGUGGGCCGUUCCGCCUCCGCGGCCGUGGGUGCGGGGGGCGGGGAGAGCGGCGGCGGGGGAGUGGGCGCAGGGGCAGCAGCGGGAACAGCGGGGUUUGCGGGAGGGAGUGGUAGCGGGGGGAGCAGCAGCGGGGGGAGCGGCAGCGGGGGGAGGGGAGUCAUGGGGGUAAGGUCCGCCGUGUCUGCUGGGUCGUUGAUUGGUACUGGGCUCCAUCCCUCUUCCUACGACCACUACCAUCACCACCUCUCUGCCUCCCCCUCCCCUCCCCCGUCCCCAUACCCCCCGCACCACCCCUCCGCGCCCUUCGCCCGCGCGCCCAGCCUCCCGUCCCUCCCGAGCGCGCCUGUGUCUAUUCCCAAGAUCAACUCCCGCGGACAGAUCAUCCCCCGUCGCCCCUCUAGCACGUUCCAUCCCAGCAGCGCCAGCAGCAGCAGCUGCGGAAGCAGCGUGGGAGGGGGCAGUGGGAUGGGGGUAGGUAGCAGGGCAGGCAGCGGGGUAGGCAGUGGGGUGAGUGCCGCUGGUGCUAGCGCUGGCGCGGGGGGUAGCAGCGGUGGGCAGAGCGGAGGAGGAGGGUACGGGAGUGACAGUCAGGAAGCAUCAAGGGCCAGAGGCGGGGGGGUGGGGGGAGUGGGAGGAGUGGGGGGAGUGGGAGGAGUGGGAGGACUGGGGGGAGUGGGAGGAGUGGGCGGAGCAGUGCUCGUGUCUGGGAUACCAGUUCCCGUUAGAGCUGUUAUCGCCCCUACUGCCAUUACGCAUGCAGGGAGAACCGUGGUAGGGCCAGGCGGAAUGGGUAUGGGUAUGGGCGUGGGCGUGGGCGUGGGUGUGGGUAUGGGCGCUGGUGGUGUUGCUGGUGAGGAGCUGUUUUCCAAUCGGCAAGGCUCCUGGCGCCCUUGUUCCGCCCCUGCAGCUGCUGGUGGCGGGCUUGCUGCUGCUGGGUUCCCCCCGGCGUUCCAUGCCGUGCCGGCAGCAGUGGAAGCAGCGAUACAUGUUCCCAGAUUGGAGGGGUUGUGGGAAGUGCAGAGGCAGCAAGAGCAGGAGGGGAAGGUGCGUGGGGCGAGAGGGGGAGAGGCGGGAUUGCAAGAGAGGGGGGCAUGGAGGGGCGUGACAGUGGGCGACCGCAUUCCUACGGCAGGGUGGGAGCAGCAGGCAUCGAGGGCACCGGUUCCGGAAGGUAGUGGGGUAGAGGAGGAGGAGGAGGAGGGGCACCUGCUGCUGCCCUUUGCUGUGGACGACGAUGACACUGACGAGCCCUUGCCCACUGAAGCCCUAGCGAGCCAUUCCCAGGAUGUCAACCGCGCAUUGCCGGGCGUUCAGAGUCAUCGGGUGGAUUCCCACAGGGCACGCGAGUCGAGCGAUUCACGUGACGCUGCUGUAGGUGCGCUCAUCCGUGUCCUGCGCUAUGCGCCUCCUCUCCGCCCCUCCUCCUCCUCCUCCACCACCACCUCCUCCUCUGCUGCCGCUGCUGCUGGCCUGUCGGUAGGCGGUGCAGGCAGCACGUUUCUGUCUAAUCCCUCGCAAUACGGGGCUGCCUUCCCCCGCAGCAGCUCCUGCAGCAGCACUGGCAGUGCUGGCAGUGCUGCGGCUGCUGCUGGUGGCCGUAGUGGCAGCAGCAGUGGGCGCAGCAGUCCUUAUACCACAGGUGCCAGGGCAGCUGCUUCUGCUGUUGCGGCUGCUGCGCUGCCGUCCUUGGCCCCUCUCUCUGCUCCAGCUGUUACCGCUACUCUUCCUGUUGCCGCUGCUGCUGCUACUGGGGCUGCUUGUCCUGCUGGUUCUCCUGCUGCUGGUGGCUUUGUUGGCGGCCCUUUUGCUGCUGGGAUGAUGGGCGGAGGGAUAGGCGCAGAGGUGGUGGAGGGGGGACUGGGUGCUGAAGGGGCGGAGGGGCCAGCAAGGGCAGCAGAGUCGCUGUUGGAUGAACUGUUUGGGUUCAGGGACAAGGAAAUGCAGAGAGCAGAGGUUUUGGGAGGGGGAGUGCAGGUGAAAGGGGAGGUUGUGCAGGUGAAAGGGGAGGUUGUGCAGGUGAAAGGGGAGGUUGUGCAGGUGAAAGGGGAGGUUGUGCAGGUGAAAGGGGAGGUUGUGCGGGUGAAAGGGGAGGUUGUGCAGGUGAAAGGGGAGGUUGUGCAGUUGGGUGGAAGUGUGUGUGUGGUUGGGUUUCUGGAGGCGGUAUUGCUGUUGCACCGCUAUAGGGUAGGGAGUGUGUGGUGUAUUGGGACCCGAGAGCGCAUGGGUGAUGUGGGGUGA